AUGUCACAAGACGGUGCUUGCCCAGGAGACUUCAUGCUUCAGAAUGUAAAUUUUCCUCAUGUGAAGCUGGGGCAAGAAUUCCCCGGAGUAGCUUUCCGAGGUCACCUCUGUUCUUAUCCAAAACUGAUGGAGAUAACAAGCUCUUCCCAUGCAAGUCAUGGCAACCAUAAAGAAAACAGUCCUUUCCUGAACAGUUCAGAAGCUGGCAAGGGGGGUGAUUACUAUGACAGAAAUCUGGCCUUGUUUGAGGAAGAACUUGAUAUACGACCAAAGGUGUCGUCUCUGCUUGGCAAGUUGGUCAACUACACAAAUCUUACCCAAGGUGUUAAGGAACAUGAAGAAGCAGAAAAUACUGAUGGCUCAAAGAAGAAAGUAUCAAAAUCACCCAGCAUGGGCACCCUGAUGGGAGUGUAUUUACCAUGCAUGCAGAAUAUCUUUGGAGUUAUUCUCUUCCUUCGCCUGACGUGGAUGGUGGGAAUGGCUGGAGUUCUUCAGUCCUUCCUGAUUGUAUUACUUUGCUGCUGUUGU